AUGCGAACGAUUUUAUUUUUACUGGUGGCUGUCGGUUCUGCAUUUACAAAAGAAGGUGAGUAAUUUUUGAUGUUGAUUUUCUUGCUUCUUUCAUUGCAAUCUUGUAUAUACUAUUUUGAACUUCUUCCACUAUCUUAAGACCCCUAAUUUGCCAUUGUGCAGUUGGGAAUUGGCGGAUGGCCAGCACUGAUUGGCCAUGCGAAGGCUGAAAACGAACGGAGAAGAAAAAAAAAAGAAGAAAAAAAGGUUCCCGAAUAUGAGACGCCAGCAUGUCGCCAUUGAGUUGGCCUCCGCCAAACUCCCAUUCAUUGUCUAUUUCCGACCGAAUUAUGUCCCUGUUGUUGUUGGUUAUUUUAUGGGAUGGAGAAAAACCAAUGGAUUUUGCGCGUUUUGUGAAGGUUGAAUGGCUUUUCAUUCGUUUUGCAUUAUGGGAAUCCGCUGUACUUUUAUGCAGAGAGAAAAAUGUUAGUAAUUCUGCAAUUUCUUUUCGAAAAUCAUCUUUUGAUUGAAAUGGCCUCUUUAGUUUUAAUAUGCGUCAUCUGUACUCCAUUCAGUGUUGAGAAAAAACGACCAGUUCAUUUUACAACAAAAUAAUUACUUUAAAAACACGUUUUCGAUUUUUGAAAAUUCCUACCUAAUGGUAUUGAAAAAUGUUGAUCUGAAGUGUUUUUUGUUGUCCAAGUUUUUACCUCACCUUUCAUUAGUUCCACUGGUUUUUUUUUCACGACGUGGUAAUCAAUGAUUGCUGUGAAACUUGAGCCGAAAAAAAAACGCUAGAAAAUUGGAAAGGUUUUUUUUGAAACUCUAUUUUUAUUUUUUUAGCUUCUUUUUUGUAUAUUCUUGAUGAAACUGAUGGAUUCAACUUCAUAAUUCUUGGAACUCUUGCUCUGAAGUUUUUUAAUUUUGAACAGAGAUAUGAGGAAAAAGUCAAAAGACCCUCCAGUGGCUAGUUUAACUUUUUGUUCCUCCAAAAUCUCCCUAGUACUUUCUUAAUGGUCAUUUUUUUCAUUCUGGAACACUGGCAGCUUCAAAUUGUUUAGUGUCCCGUACAAAUGGCCGACCUUUUGUCGUUAGAAAGGACAAAUGACGGGAAAACGUUGAUAGGCAAAGGUGUCGAGAGGAUAUCUGAUAUUUUGGAGCGACGCAGGGUGGCAGCAACUGUUCUGCGGGCAGAUUUCCGUUCGCACUCACACCUCUCGCCUUGUGUUGAAGCUUCUGACAUAUCUGCCUCCGAGCAAGAAGACGUUUCUCCUCUCUGUGUAAUCUUAUUGAAGAGUGAUGAUUGUUCUCGAGGCUAAUGGCUCGGCCGAUUGUUGCCGACACCUCUAAUCUAAAUGUUAGGCGGCUCUCGAGGUGUAAAUCACAUUUAUCAGUCGUUGAGCCACCGGCCAGUGCCCUUUCUGUACGGUGAGACCUUCUCAACCUUCCAAAAACGCAACAAAAUGUUUCUGUUCGUUGCCCUUUUGCUGACACCGCUAGCCAAAAUACCAACCGUGUCGAGUCACCCUCAAUUUGCUUUACAUGGCCUCACUUGAUGGAGGUUUUUGGUGCUGUUGGUAAGUAGCGGGAGGCCAAAAAGAAAGGAAGGAAUUUCGAGAGGCGACUUCAGAUAGCAUCUUCAUGGCGCCGUAGGUCUCUGUGAGUGUGCGACAAAACAGACGGCUGGCCUCGAAAUGGCGCACUUGGCCGAGAUGAAAACUCCUGGAGACCCUGAAUGGUCAUUCCAGCCGACUUCCAUGACCACCGCCAGAGGCAGAAGAAGCCUCGUAGGCCUAAUAAAAAUCAUUGACAAUUUGAAUGGGCUUCCGGCGAUUUAGAGGUCCUGAAUGGCGUGCCGGCUCUCGUUUUUUAUUCCUUGCUUCUCUUUACGGCUAUGUCGGGAAAGUGGGGUCCGAAAUGAAAUGAAUUAAAAAUGAGACACCCGUGGCGAUGUGCUUCUCCUGCUCAUUCUGACCAUGGACUUUCAAAGAUAUUUUUUGAAAAGCACUUCUUUUUCAAUUUUUUCCAUGCGAUGUUGAUCUUAUUCCCAACGGAAGCUCAGAAUAAAUAGACACCGAGCGCACACGAAGUCAGAGGGGCCAAGCCGAUUAUAAAAAUUGAUGAGCCGCCGAUCACGAAAGGUUGAGCAGCGAGAAAAAAGAGGCGAGAAAUGGCUGCGAGGCUCAAAAAUAAACAAUGACCCCCGGCUCCUGCGCAAUAUCAUCUUUCACUUGACCAAUCGCAUCGGCACGAUUUUUUUUUUUCUUCCUCAGCUUCUUGCCUCGGCGAGAGAGUUGCUGAAUGAAGAGUUGAUGAGUGGCCGCGAAGAUCAGCUCCAGUGGAUGAACUGGUGCAAGAAGAUGUGUCAAGUGCCGCAGCCACACACGCCGUUGGGAGGGUCAUUCUCCUCGACGCGCAGUUCUUUUUUCUACGACUUUUGUAUCCGGAGGAAAAUCUAAGCAAUCCAAGCCUUGUUUUUCAUUCAUUGGUUGUUCGGAACAACGUACCACGAAGUGUGAAGGAAAUGGGAACAGAAUUUGCGGAAGAUCGCGUUUUGAAAAUGUAUCGAAAAAGGUUUUGAAAAUUAGUUCUGUAAACAAAUUUCGAGGUAUUGAGCUUCAUCGUUUUUUUUUCUUGGAUUUCCGAAAAUUUCAAAAAAAAGAAAGUUGAUUAGCUUUUUUUCAAAGCUUAGCUUCUUGUACCAAAAAAGUUUAUGAAGGUCCAGCCUCAUUAAUUUUUCCGAUUGCACUUUCAAAUGAGCUGAAAAACAAAAUAAUCAAUUUUUUUCAGUGGUUCUUUUCGACACCACGACUAUCAAGACCCAGGACUUGCGAUGGGACCAGAUCUCUCUACGACACGACCGCGACGAUCCCGUAAGUUUCUUGGAAAAAAAUUCCCCCGAGGUCUUGCCGCCUUUAUUCAAUGUGCAUCUGUCUCAUUUGGAAGAGGUCUCCUACUCGUGUAAAAUUCCUUGGCCUCGCGAAACGCUUGCAAAAAUAGUUGUUGAAAACACGAGCGCAGUUCUCGAGGGAUUUGUUCCCAGUCUGUCCUUCUUCCCCUUUGCAUCUUCUUCGUCUUUCUCGUCCAUUUUUCGUUUUGGGCAAAUUCCUUCUCUACUACUACUCCUUUUCUACGAUGUGAUGUCGCAGAUGGAGUUGGUGGGAAAAUGAGGGUCGAAGAGAGGACGAAAUUAGUUGAAGACGAAACAUUGGCGACGGUCCAAAGCGAAGGAGCUUCUAGAAAAGGAGACGAUUAAGGAGUUGCUCCUAAUUUCCUUUUUCGACGACUUGCUCUUCUGCUGGUCACUCUUGGAGUAUAAUCCAAUUAAGCGAUGCAAUUGGCGAGCAAAUUUCGUUCGAAACGCUGCCGCCGCCGACGCUGGUGUGAAGCUACUAGUCGAAUUAGUUUGCGACUGACCAGCGCCUAUGUUGCCUUGGGGGCUUUUUUCUUCUGAACGAGUUUUAGUGGUUUUUGAGGACGUUUAUUGGGGUUUUUAAGCACCAGCCUUUUUACUUUUCAGUAUUGUGAAUGGAGGGAUCUUUUUUGAGAGUAUUUUCAGUCUAGAGAAAGUGAGUUGAGAUUUUUUAUGUUGGGUGGAAUAAGUUAGCUAAUUUUUUUGAAUGAAUAAAAAAGUCAACACUUAUUUUGAGGCUAAGGUUUUAUGUUUUGAGCUAACAUCUUUCAAGCGGUUUUUAGCUUUUAUUUUUCAAAUGGUUUUCCCGGUUCUUAGAAUAUAAUCUGUGAUAGAAGUUGAACAAUGGCAAGAGGAUCAUCGCGAGCACACAAAAAGGCGCCAAGCCUUGCUCUGAGAACUCCACACGACUCUCAGCGUGCGACGCGCCAAAAAAGAAACCGAUUAGGUGUGUAUUGUGUGCCUGUGGACGAUAUCGUUGAUUCGGGCCGCGGCGCCUUUUUUGAUGUUACAAGUACACACAGACCAAAGUUUUCUUUUUGGCGCGCGUGGGAUCUUGGGCAUCAAACGGGAGAUUUUGUUCAAGUAGGGUCGAUACUGGCUUUUGGCCAAGUCGCGCCGUUGCGGUCAAGGGUUCUUGUGAUGCGAAACGCGCUGCAUUGCUCAAUCUCGUCUUGAAUCAAUUGGAGGCCGAUCUACUCUCAAGACCAAAAGUGGACGGCCUUUGGAUCGACCACUUGAUUGAAAACGGGCUGGAAAUCGUUGGAGAUUUGACAGAAUUCAAAAUUUCUAACUCUGCCUUUUUUAAGCAAUUUUAAAAAAAUAAAUUGUCUUUUUUUCCAUUCAGGGCUAGUUUUGAGAAUAAUCAAAGAGCUGUAGUUUAUAUAAACUAUGUUUGAGAGAGAUGUGCUUUUUUUUAUAAAGCUACUCAAAUUCCUGGAAGCAGAGAAUUUCUUGCUCGCGUUGGAGGAGUCAUUAGCCUUUUCCAACGACUUCACACCCAACGCCAUCUUGCCUCGAUACUCUCUCCAUCUUGAGCUGAGCCGUACUCAAUCGUCGUCGUCGUCGCCUACUCCAAGUGGUCUCAGCGAUCCACUUGUCUGAAUGUGGGUGAGCAUAGGCGUCAGUCUCCAAAUGAGAGUACCCAAAAAAUCCAACAGAUUUAUUUCAAUUUGGGACCUGCGUUCCUAGUUGUUGUUGUUGGUAAUGCCGUUCCUGAGGAUGCCAUGGAUGUGCACGAGACCGUGGCCAAAUCGUCUGGAUGUGUCGCCGACCUUGCCAUUUCUUUUGUCGCGUGCGGCCGCACAGUACAGUUGAUAAUGGUACGUGUGUUGAGCAACAACCCUGUCAUUUGUCGCGGCACGGUUCCAUUAGCGACUGCUCCGAAAUGCAGCCCUCCAAACCAUCUCAUUUGCUCUUGUAAUUGCCGUGUCCCCAAAUGUGCUUCGAAAUAUCGUUGUUGAACCUUCCAACGACAGGUGGAACAACUGUUGAAGACGGGAAAAAAGUAGUGAAUGGAGAUGUCUUGGCGCCUGGCCGGCGGUCAGCAGCAGGUGCCAACUACAUUCAGAGGGAAUUUUGAAGAAUACGAUUCUGGAUCCUGUGCGCCGAUACCGUUUUUGCACCUGCCGCUCAAACGAGUUGCUGGUUCAGCGCCAUUCCCCAUCGCCCGUUUCGACUAUGGAGUUGAAAUCACGUCGUUCGCGUGAUCUGCUGGAACUGAUGCGUGAAAUCCUUGAAAUGAGAGGGGGGCGAAGAUUUUCGAAAUUUUCAGUGCAUCCUGAACCAACGAGCUUUCAGAAAAAAAGAAAAAUUUGAGAAAAAAAUUUGAAAUCUAUAAAAAAAGAUCCUUCUUCAAUCCUGGACCAGGUUCAAAAGGAACGAUGAAUGGUUGAUUCUGUUCUGAAAACUUUCCAACAUUUUUUUGUCGCAAAAUAGGAAAAAGAGGAGUUCGAGAAAUGUCAGAUUUUUCAAGAAAUUGCUCAGAUUUCCGCAGUUUCUUCAGAUUUUCUUUCUCAAACUUCUAAGAAAAGUAUCCUUUCACAACUUCAGCGUAUGUUUUUUUUUAAUCCGAGCCCAUUAGUCUGUGUUCUUUUCUUUUAUACGAUGCCGAUGCGUAGCCUUGGCGAUGACGAACAACAACGAUAGUGUGGACGGUGUGUAAUGACGCAUUUUUUUUUCUGAGCGAAUUGAGAAGGAUAUGGUGGUGGCCAGCGGCUAACUGAACGGAGAAAAGGGAAGAAUCCACCUCUUCGCUUUUUGCAGGCGGCUGUCAGUUUUUUGUGAAAGGCAUUCCGUAUUUAUGCGGUGCUCAAUGGUGGUCCAUAAAUCACUUAGCGACAGGGGACGAUGAGAACAACUUCUCCCAGUGAAGGAAUAAAAAACAAACGCCUGACCGGGUGGUUUGAAAAAAAAAGGACGCAGAAAACCAUCUUCCGAUUUGCACUAGCAGUUCACACAUGUGUGGUGACAGCCAGAACUGCUCUGGCAUUGUCUUUAGGACUCGAGCCUCCAUAAUCCGUUGGACAAACGCGCGCCGGCGUGAGAGCUCGAGAAUGCGCCAAAAAGCGGAAACGGACUUUUUUUUUCCAUGUCGUUGUUGGUCUUGUUGUGGUCGGGGUGAACUCAGGUUUUGGAAAAAAAAAAUUUCUUUGAAAUCGGGGCAAAAAUCAGAAUUGAAAAAAAAGCAGAAGUUUAGGGUAACCGGUAGCUCUAUGGUCUGUUUGAUGUGUUUGCUGAAAAAAUUUGAAAAUCGACAAGUUUCGAUUGAACAUUUUUACAGUACAGAUUUUUUUUUAUGUAACCAAAGUCAGUUGAACCGAAUAUAAAUUAUAUGUUUUCUCGCGAACUUCCGUAGAACCGAAGAAAAAACACAGCGCGCCAAAUGUUGCGGUCUCAUCACGUGUUUGAUGGCCCUCCAUUUGUCGCCUCAAUUGGAUUUCCGAGGCAAAAGUUAAACUCCAAGGAUGUCCGUUUUUUUUCUCUUGUUUGCAUUAGCGCCUGUUGUUUCUCCUCUCGUUUCUCACCUGUGGCCUCCCCAGAGUCGAGGACACCGUCUGUUUGAGUUUGAAUCGGCGCCAUGAGAAAAUGCCGAGUUUCAAGGACCUCUUCUACACAAUCAUGUAGGCGUCGGCUCAAGCGUGGCUUAGUUGUGGCGGAACUCCCCUCGGAGAACCGUCACGAAAAGACGGGAUUAAGUGAAGAGUGGUAGCGCCGAAGUUGGUUGCUUUUCUCCCGAUUUCGACAAGAAAUAGACGUCUUCAAUUGUUUUAUAAAGCAUUGCAUUGCGUGUCGCGUUGUCAUUUUGUGUUGAGUGUCACCACGACGGCGCUUGCAGAAUGACACAAUCCAUUCAAAACGCGACACUUCUUUAUUAGUUGAGCAAAGUUUUCAGCCUGAUGGGCAAGUGACAGGGCUCAGUGGAAAUCAAAACGAAAACAAAAAAUAAGAAAAAUGGAGGGAGCAUAUUUCAAAAGUCAUAAUUCUCUCCGAGCAGCACUUUGGAGUGUCAGUUCAAGCUCAUUUUUUUCUGCAGCCAUGCUUACUUCUGUCCCAGGACGCCCAUUUUCGCAUAAUUCCUCCGAGGAACGACUCUUGAUUUUUGCCUAUUUGUUUGAGUGAUUGAAACGAGACAAGACGUAAUAAGGCGAGAGAUCUCUCUGGAAAAGUAGCGCGCGGCGGAUUGAGAAGAUGAACAUGAAGAUAACGCGUUUGUCCGUUUAUGGGCGCUGAGUGCACAUUGGGAGUCGUCGGGAAAAUGUUGGCCACUUUGACAGUAACAAUGGCGUGAAAAUAUAGGACUCUACGUCUUUUGAUGGCCGAUGGGGGUGUGGAGUUUUUCUCGAAGUUAUUGAAGUUAGAAGGGUCGGUCAAGACUUCUCUGAAGGAUUGAUUUCAAGAUUUAGUGUUUCUGGUUUGAAUUAGAAAAUUGGGAAAAUUGCUGGAAAAAUCUGAAUACUCGAAACUGAUCAGGAAAGUUGUAACUAUUUUCUGAAUUUUUAUUUUCCAGUGGGUCGAGGAAACAUGGCGAGACGGAGACAACAAGAACAUCCCGACCUACGUCGCCUGCAACUACGAACAACAGAAUCCGAGCAACUGGCUCUUCACGCCGGUCGUUCCAACCGACGACGCCAAGAGGUUUCAUCGAUCUCAGAAUCAUUUUGAAAAAAGUUCUUCAGCAUUUUAAUGCAAGUCAUGUUCAAUACGCGUGACUGUAUUCUGUCUGAUGAAACGAAGGCCUGCAAGGAGACGGUCGCCAUCUACGCCAAGCAGUACGACGUCGAAGAUCCGCCCAAGGAGAACAUUGUCGACAAGGCCAAGUUCCAGAAACGAAUGUCUGAAUGGUUUGGUAGCGUCGAGAAAAUAAAGGAAAUAAUUUUUUUUCACUGCAGGAAACAAGUAGCGACUCUGUAUCGCAAGACGCCGAACACGACGACGGAAGUCGUGCCUCUGACGGUGACGGCUGGAGCGCGCGCCGUCCGUUUCGCCUUUGAAGACACCGGCGUCUGUGUGUCACUGCUUUCCGUCAAGGUAUAUAUUUUUGAGGUUCUUGGCUAUGAUUCGGUACAGAUUGGGGUUUCGUAGGGCUUUUUUCGGUAAGAGUUUGGAGCAAAAAAGUUUGGAGUUUUCAAAGAAGAAUAUUGAACCAAUGUCGUAUGUUACUUGAAAUUAUUUUUCAAAAAAAUUCAAUAAAAUUAUAGAAAAAACCAUUCUUUCUCGAUUUGGAAUGCUUUGUUUUGGUAGUUUUCUCUUCAUUUCCUAUUCCGCCGUCGUAUUUCUGAAGCUCAUCACUCAUCCACGCAUGUCUUCCUUAACGAGUCGACUUUUAUGGCUGAGCCAGGCCUCCAGGGCUCAUUAAUUAAGAUGAUCUUGGCUCGGAACAGACGGACGAAACGGUUCCGCAAGAUGCACUUUCAGUGGUAGUUAGCGGAUGCGACACCAUGUCCGUCCGGAAUGAUGGAUCGCCCCCAUCCUCUUGGGGCUAAUUAUCGGCCGUUUCUUGGCCAAAAAGUAUAUGUUUUUCUUCACUUGGUGCACUUUGCUCCAGCCGGUACACGCGUGUGGAGCACCACUUAAUCUUGUUGAUGGAUCAAACUCUGGCCAUUGGAAGUUUGUUUGCUGUCAAGGUGGCACAGGCUCCAAAAAAGGUAUCUCGAGAAGGUGGCGGAGGUCACUUAACACCUACGAAGAGAUGGACAGUCUGUGUGCUCAGGAACGGAUGUUUGCCGACGCUGAGGUUCGCCACGGAUAUUCUUCUAUUCAAGCUGCUGGCGCCAUGAAAAAUACAAGGGCCAGGGUGCAGAUGUCACCUCGGCUCGUAUAUGGUAUCGUUUGCUCUGCCACCAAUGAUGCCAUUCAACACGACCCACUGCAGCUGUGUGCCUUGUAUUGAAUGGUGCCGAAAGUUGUCACGCGAGAUCUGGAGUUUUUUUUUUUGGAAAGAAGAGGGAACAACAUCCUCACUUUCUCAAGAAAGGUUCUGAAAAGAAAAGAAAGAAAAAUGUAGCAACUUUUUUUUAAAACUGUAACGAAGGCUUACUGAAGUUCUACAAAAGCUUAGAAAAGAGAUUUUUUUUUGUUUUUCACAAAUUCUUAAUGGGGUAUAUGGAGCAUGAGCGAGUUCCGGAAAGAAGCUUUUUUUUGUCAUUAAAAACUUUUCUGCCUUCAAAAAAAGAAUUUUGAACAGUCUGAACGUUUUUCCAAGGUUUUUUUAAAGUUUCUCAGGCCUUUCCGUCAAGAAAAUAUACAUAGAAAACCUUUGAAAGUUUUCAUCUCAACUUUUUCUUGUUUAUUCUACCAUUAGCGCCGGUUGUUGACGCUGUGAAAUGAAGAAGUCCGGAAGGACGUGACGUCUUCGUCCAGAAUACCUGACGGCGCCGUGUUGAUGGUGUUGCAUCGAGUCAUUGCGCAAUCCGCCGACUCGAACAGGUGAAUAAGCCAACGACUGUUGCGCCUGUCAAUCACCUCUGCCAUAACUUGUGUCCACAUGUUCGCUCCUUUGGUCUAACCUAUCAUUUUUUGACCUCUCGUUGUUUUUUCCAGAUGUUAUGAAGUGCUAAUAAGCGAGUUUUGACGAACUCUUCCUCUCCGGAGAAACUGUUGAUGGUAAGAUGGCUGUAAAUAUGUUGUGCCAAAUGUCGCAAUCAUUUGGGUAGAUGACAAAUGACAGGUCCGCCAGAUAUCUCCGCCCGAACCAGGCCGCUUCCGAGGAAAUUGGUCUAAUAUUUAUGACAGAGUUUCGGGGUUUUUCCCCUAUGAGGGGAGAAGUCUCUUUUGCCGCCUGUCCCGCUGAGAACAUUACAAGACCUGGAUGAAUGGCGAGGCCUGCAUGUGUGCAGGCAUUCUCGGAAUUGUCGGCUUGACCCAAAGACGACCUUAACGAUGGGUCAUCCUGCGGGUCGGAUGUAAGGAAAACGCUAAUGAAUGAAUAAUUUUGGUUAAUGUGUGUCGCCGGAGGAAGACACACGUGCCUGUUCGAGCACACAUUCACAUAACCGUUUUUACGAGAGGCCACACCGACAGUAAAAAAUAUUGGCAUUGUUCUUCGGGAUCCGUCUGCCUUAUACCAGAUGAGCCGCCGCUCCGAAGAUUUGGCCAUCAAAUCUCGUUUGAAUGAUUUGAUGAUCUUUUGGGGACGCGAUGGAAAUGGUAGUGUAAAUAGGUCACAGUUACUUUUUCGCGAGCUGGGAUUACAACGACCAGCAAAAAAAAAGAAAGUGUCAAAGUCUCGCUGCUACUGUCUCUUGUGUGUCCUUGUUUUCAAAGCUUGUUGGUACGAACGCGCUAAUGCGGAAAUCGGAGUCUCCGUUUUAGUACAAAACGAAGCGAAUGAGAAAGAGAAAACGAGUUCACUUUUCGACGUUCAUUGGGGGCCAACACCCUCCUAAAUCUGAAUUUAUGUGAAUGUCGGCGACCCUUUAAGCAACUUUCUCCUACCACGGCGACGAACUCAAAGAUGGAAGGGGGAAAAAAGUUGGACAUUAGCAGUUGAUGAGCGAACGGCGACACAGUUGAGGGUGCAGCUGGACGCGGGGAAUUGCGCAAUCGAGGAAUGUGUUCGAAAACAAACAAGUUCUGUUAGAUGGAAGUUGGAGUCUCGAAGACGGUGGAUCCUUCGAAAUUGACAGCGAAUGGUUUCAUCCUCGACAUUUGCAUUUACCGCUUUGAUACAAUGGCUCGUCUUGUUUGAACGAGGGCGACGCUUUGCAACAAAGAUUGAUUUAAGGUGUUGACCUUCGACGUUGCAAACUUUUUUUUCCUUGAGGAUUUUUCACAGGGGAUUCGAUCCAGUGUAAAUACAACUGUUUAAACAAUUUUUUUUUGAACAAGGAAUCAGAUUAUAUUUGAAAAAUCAAACUCAACGGUAAAAAGUUGGAAAACUACUAGCCAGUUGGAAUUUUUCAGAAUAAGGAGUCAAAAAAAAAAGGUUUUUGAAGUCAUUCUGUAGAAGUUAUCGGCUUCAACGGAGAGAUUUAAAAAAAAUAAUUUUAUAACUUUGAUUCGAACAUUUCAAAUAAGAGAGAGAGAGCUAUGCAAAAAAACUGUUCAGUAUUCAGACAUUUUUCAAAUAUUGAUUUUUUUUUUCAGCUCUACUACGUCGUUUGCGAUGAACUCACUCAAAACUUCGUUCACUACGCCCCGGUGACGGGUCCUUCGAGCAUGGAGCCGUUGACAAUCACUGGAACUUGUGUUCCCAACUCCCAGAAGAAAUAUGACAGUUCGUUUUCAAGUUCAAAUUCAAAAAAAUAUUGGUUGUGAGAUUUUUUUUUUCGAGUGGUAAAAAAAAUUAGUAUCUUCCCAGAACCUGGAAAAAAAUAUCCCAUGAGAAAUUCUGGAAAAAAACGUUGUGUAUUUUUUUACACUCUCUGUUGCGCAAGGAUCCUAAAUCGGGUUCAUGGGAAUCGAACUGCCACCACAAAAUGUACUUUUUAGAAAAAAAUGGAAGAUAUUCUAUAGAAGGAUAUGAGUUUAUGGAGCGAAAUUUUAUCUUUGAAGCUUUGAAAAAUUUGAGUUGAUUUUGCAUAACGUUGAAGCGUAUUUAGAAUAAAGGAGAAUGUAGAAAAUUAUUUUUCAGCUGUUUAAAUUGUCUCUUUUUCAGUCGGCCUGACGGCUCUGUGCAUGCCUUCGGGCAACCUGAGGCACACGACUGGCGAAUGCGAAUGCGUCGCCGGGCAUUCCUCUUCAAUCGUCGUCGACCACCUCAACGAGACGACAAUGCACUGCCUGAGUACGUCCAUCAAGACGCAUGAAUUCGCGAGCGCGACUCCCAAAUCCAGGCAUUUAGCGUGGUUGGCGAUGCAUGCACCGCAGCGUCACUCGUCGUCGCCGUGUCCUUGCGGUUCACGCGACGGCGACGACGCUAAUUUAUUCAUUUGCGUAUUGUUGGGUUUCGAAGAGAAAUCUCAACUGCCACACAAUGAGGUACCUGCACGGGGAGCUGCAAAAGUUGGGCUAAAUUUAGAGGUUGAAGACUUGAAGUAUGUGUUUGGAAAGAGCAAGGGCUUCUAGUGAGAAAAAUUCUUUUUGAACUACUUUUAAGUAUAGUUCCUAAAAAAUUAGGAAUAUUCGAUGUCUUGGCUUCACUUUGAAGUAUGGAAGAACAUCAAGUAAUUUUUUUAUCUGUGAAAAAGCUCGAGUUUCAUCUAGAAUAGAAUAUAUUGGCGAGUUUUCAGCACCUCAUUUUUUUAUAAAUUGUACUGAAACUUUGCGCCAGACACUUCAUUGUUACUUUUUUCUCUUUCCCAGAACAUUUGCGAUGACCUUCUCUUUUCAAUUAACAGUCCUUUCCCAUACAGUAUCGGCUAUUUAGAAAGCGGAAAAUAAGGCACCGGCGUUUAAUGUGACAUGUGGAAAAUGAGACGAUUUCUUUUUUUUUUACGAGUUUGCGAACGGUGGGGUUGGAGAAGGAUUGCCGGCGGAACGGUUGGCGUCUUGGCAAGACGGAGGCCAUCAAAGAGCCGCCGCCGCCGCAACAUACGGAGUAUCACCAUAAAGCUGCGUCAGCCACCAUAAUUACAGACGGUGACGUGUGUGUGGGUUCUUUUUCCUGAAGGAAACCGUCUUCCCAAGGGUUCCUUGAUGUGGAAAGAAGAGGAGAGGCUCCUGAGCGGCUGGAAAAAAAAUGAUCACGAAAGACGGGGAAAAAGUUAGUUUUCUGAAACCAUAAUAUAUUAAAGAGGAAAAAAUCAGCUUGUCUGACAUUUUCUGGCUUAUAGAUCUUUUUAUCGGCUCACCAGCCUGCUUCAAAGUUCCUAUCCUUUAAUAAAACGGUUAUGGUAGCUUUUUCCUUGAACCUGCAGACAGAAUCAGUUUUCUGACUUUUUUAGGGCUUUUUGAAGUUCACUCAUGCUUUUUUUUUCAGUAAGUUUAUCUCCAAGUAUUUCCAAUCCACUUCACAUAAACAGCGGCUCUUUUUUUUCUAGAGGAAAUGACAAGAAAAAAAGAGCCACCGGUUCUGAGAUGAUCCCAUUUGUGGAUAUUCCAGUUGAUCAGAUGCCUCUCCUUCAUUUUCUUAGUCCAUUGAGCGUAUGUAAUUGGCUUAACAUGCGUCGUGAAUUGUCCGCCAAAUAUUCGCAAAUUGCGGCGACGCUAAGAGGCUUUCCUUGAGCGGCAGGUGCGAUCGACGGUUUGAGAAGCGAAAGCUCAAGACUUCCCAGGGAAAAUCUUGGAAAAGUUCGACGGAUAGAUUUUGCCAAAAGCAACUUGGUCAUUAAUUCUUAGCCGUCUUCACCCGUCCGACCAAUAUCUCUCGAGACGGAAACCAAUAAAUCAGAUAAUGAUCGCGGCGUAGUCCUUUGUGUGUGUGCAAAUUGACUGCGCAGGUCAUUAUCAUAUCGCUUUUGAGAUAUUAAUGAGUUCAGACGUUUGCCGCUGUUUUUUGCCCUUCUUCUUUAUUGUUGGUUCAAUAUUGGCAUUCACAAGAUCAAGCAAUUAUCAAUUUAUUGGAAUUCGGUCAACCUUGAACGUUUGUUGCCAACGAAAAAGGCAAUUAGCGGUGGUUCUCGAGCCGGGGCGAUUUUGAAUGAAAAUCGCCGUCGAUGGCCGUAGAUGCAACACAACAACAGGUGGCUAUCGGCGAUUUCGCGAUUGUGGUCAUUAGGUGUUCGGUUGCCCAUGAUUUUUCCAUGCAAUCAAGCGUAUAGCCUUAUUUGGGAUGGGUUUGUGCUGAAAACAUGCCGCGCCGCCGAUUUUUUUUUUCUUCUUCUGUUGGCUCACCUGCUUGCGGAAGCGUUUGAUCUGAGAGCCGUUUGACACCUUCUGCUUGACCUGCUUUCCUGCCAGCUGAAUAAGGAUUUUUUGGGAAAGAUCCACUGAAGUUUUUAUAGGAAAAAAAAUGAAACAAACGAUUGCUUGCAAAGAAUGAGAAGGAAGCAGUUUUCGGAGUCUCAAGUUAUUUCUAGGAUUUUAUUACAAGGAGUUGAACUGGGCGUUUUUUCUUACCAAAAAUAGGUUGAGAUCGGACCUUUUUAGCUUUUCUAUCAAGUUUCUCUCUUUUUUUGAAAAAAAAAGUUUGGUUAGAAUUUUUCAGCCAGGUCUGCAAAACUAGGCUUUUUCUUCUCAUAGUAUGAAGCAAUAUUUCGCGCAGCUUUUCAUUUUUUAAACUUGAGAACUUGAAAUUUCGAUUUGAGAGUCUUCUACAGCUAUUAGGGUAUUUGAAAGACUGGUUUAGAAACUUAGAAACUUACUAGAGAAAAAAUUUUUUUUUUAACAAAAAGAAGUAGAUUUUUUUAAUAAUUUGAUUCUUAACCCUGUUCUGAGGACCACACAUGCUUCCUUCUCGCCUUGGGCAGCUCUUCGCUGGCAUCAUGCGGGAACGGCUCUCAGUGAUUUUGAGUGCUGUUGACCUCAUGGAGUACAAACAUUCGACCGACGUCGGUACCCUCAUGUAAAUAUAUAUCUUCGGAGGCCGCUAAUCUCAUUUCUCACCACACACAAAUCCUCAAAGUGGCCUCGGCCGCUCCGCCGACAAAAAGGCAACAAAAACGGCUACGUUUGCCAUGUGUCGGGGCGGAAGCAGAUGCGACGCGGCUCGGCUCUCCAAAAGUGUUGUUUGCCUUCGAUUCAAUCUCCCAUAUCCAUUUUCGAUCUUCAUUCAACGGAAAAAUUGUCGCCGCCGGUCGGGACAUUGAGGACAUUGCAAGAAGAAAAAAAAAAUGGUCGGAACUAGGGACGAACGGUUGCGCAUGAGCGGCUCUUCCAAUCAUCGCUGACCCGUUGGUUGAGAAGAAAAAAAAAGUUUCUGACUGCGGCACGACGCCUUUCAUCUCGGCGCAGCACGUCGUUAUCAUCUACAGAAUCAUUUGCGCAACACCUCGACCUGGUCAAUAAUCAUGACCGUAAUCAGGAGUUGUGGUGAUUGCGCAUGCGACAAAUGAGCAAGCAGUUGGGUAGCCUAUCCGAAUAUGGUCUUUGUGGACUCUGUUAAGGGGAAAAAUCAGGCUCAAGAAUGGAAGUCCGUAGCUAUUUUUCACACGGCGAUUUCUUUUCAACAGUCAGUCACAUAUCCAAAUUAGCUGUUACUUCCGCGAGCGGCUGAAUGAACAAUGGGGAACCGGCGCGCCAGCGAGAGAAAUUCGAUUAUUUCAUUAGCACCCGUAUCCAACCUCCAACAAUUCGUUUAUCUUUACCAUUAUCUACGCUUGGCCGAGUUGGAGUUGAACAACAUGAGAAUAAUUCAUGUCAUAUAUGGUGAUGACGAUCCGCCAAAGUAUGAGGGGGGGGGAGGCUGCUGGCCCGAGAUGCUCGUAAAAAUUGCGUCCCUCCGCCAUAACUGGCGACUGGAGACUCCACCUCGAGAUAUAUGAUGAUAUGCGGUAUAAAAGUUUUACGACGCACUUGGCGCAACUUCUUCGACGAGGAUAGGAGAGGCUCGUAAUUACCGUUUCGCAUGUGGCGCCACGUCGUGUCUGGAGUGAUCUAGGAGAGGCACACAACGAAAACAUUCCGCCAUCCGUCCCUUGUUUAUUGGAUCACUCGGCUUGGAGUGGCUAGGAAUGUGAUGGGGGCCAUUUUCGAUCACAUUGAUCAAGUGUUUCAUUUGGUUCAGUCAUUUUCCGGAAGUUGGUUGUAAAACAAGCAUUGUCGAUCAUUUUCGGCUAGGAUCGCUUAGUAGAAGCUCGAAUCUGAAGUUUUUAAUUUCAUGAGAAAACUUUGAUCGAAGAGGAUUUUUUUUUUGCAAAGUUCAAAGUUCGAUGAUAAGGUUAUAAUCAGAGCCUCACUCCACUAAGAGAAAGAAGAACUGAUCGUUUUUAAAACGCAGGGGGGCGUGUACUGAAGCGAUGUAAUAUUUUUGAGAUCGUUCCAAUAAAAAAAAAUUUCUUCUCUUUUCAGGAUGCCCCGUGAACACGUUCAAACCUCGUGGAGCCGGUGACUGCAUUUCGUGUCCCGCCAAUUCCAAAACUGAUUCCGAAGCCAGCUCGUCUUGUCAGUGUGCCGUUGGCUAUUUUCGGGCUUCUGAUGACCUCAGCACAGCCCCUUGCACUCGUAAGUUUGAAAAAUGGAUUCAAAACUGAGUUCUCGUCUUCAGAAACGCCUUCUCGGCCGGCCAAGGUUGAGAGCACCGAGGUGACUUCCACGAGUGUGCGACUCUCUUGGGACGAGCCGUCGAGCCUCGGUGGAAGAAAGGUUUUUUUUAUUCUACUCGAAUUGAGAAAAGCAAGCGCCUCCAGGAAGUUUGGUACGAAGUCAAGUGCGGGGGACGCGGAGAUUGCUCCAACGUCAAGAUUCUGCCGCAGGAGCAGCGAAUCAUGUCCAGAACGGUGGUCAUCACUGGCCUGCGACCUUCUUCCGACUAUACUUUCCACGUUUAUUCCAAAAAUAAGGUAAGAUUCCAGGGGAAAAAAUUCAGCAAAGUGUCUUAGUUGUACAAAUAAUGGUUAUAAAGAGAAAAAAAAUAGUCUUGAAUGAAAAAAUAGGAUUUACCGGGUAUUACAGCCGGAAGAAGCUUUCCAAAAAGUAAAGUAAAAAAAUGAUGUCUUAUUACCUGCAUGUGUAAUCAAAUCUAAUUUUAGCUUAUCCAAAAAGAAAAUAAAGAAAAUCUCAAAGGAAAAAAUCAAAGUAGUGCCCCUUUUCUUCUCAAAAAUUUUUGUUCCGUUAUGUCACAAAAAACGGAAAUUUUGAACUUCUAAAGCUCCCGCCCUUUUGGAGAGAAUCAUUACAAUUUUUUCGAGCAAACUUUAAUUCGAUGUAAUUUCUAGGUUUCCAACAUGGGAGAGCCCAAACACAGCAUUGUCGACGUCACAACCAAGUCAGAAGCCGAAGAUAACACCAUAAUUGGCCCAUUGCGAGUCGAUGCGGACCAAAGUGACGGCGUGACGAUUGGCUGGCCGACGCCCGAUCCGAGAAUCUCGGAGUUCGAGGUUGAUAUUUGAGAAACUGUAUAAAUUAUCUCCGUAGUUUCAGGUUGAAGUGAGCCCUUCGCUGACUGGAAAACGCGUCCAGGACGUCCGACUCGUCAACGCCUCCUACACAACUUUCAUCGGCUUGAAAACGGGCGUCGUCUACGCUUUCAAAGUUCGGACCAAGAACAGUCCCCGGUGGAGCCAGCCGCUGCUCUAUGAACUCGGCCGCGGAGAGGUCCUUUAAAUUAUAAUUUUAAAAAAAUAUGAAAAAAAUAAUAAAAAGAAACCGCCAUUUUUUUCAAAAAAAUUGACAAAGAAGUGAAGUGUUGAAGUCGAUGAAUAACACCCGGAUAUUUCUGCAGAUCCAACCGCAGAGCAAAGAGAAGGCGGACGAGUCGAACGUGGCGGCUUCGGCGCUGACAGACAACAUGGGCUGGAUGUUGAUGAUAAUCGCCGGAAUCCUGAUCGUCAUCGCCACUAUGCUCUGUAUGCUGCUGUUUCAGCGCAAAAGCCGGAACAGGAAGCAAAUGAGCGACUUGGAUGUCCUGGACACCUAUAAACAAGGUGUGUAAACGGAAAAAUUGAGAAUUCGAAUAUUUGAAAACUAGAGAGCACUGGGAAACAAGAGAGCGUCCAAAGAAAGAAGAACGCCUACCCUCUCAUUUUUUUAAUGCUCUCUAACUUUCAAAGAUUUGAAAGUUGAAAUUCAAGCUUACUAGACUGACACUUGCCUUUUCCAGGGUAGUUAUGAAAAAAAGACAUCUGCUUUCUGUUUGAACGAAAAAUCUGAAAACAGGGACCCCUUUUUAGUAAUAAUGAAAAUGGCAGCUUGAAAAAAUUGCUUCUGCUACGCUUUGUAGUUUCCAAAAAGAGAAAUUUUUUUCACGUCUUUAGUUUUUUCAGCAGAAUUUUGUUUCAAAACGAACUUAUCAUUUUGUAGAUUUGCACUCGAUAAUUUCGCUUCCUGUGUAGUUUGCUAUGAUUUUUGGAAGAAUCGAAUAAACUCGCUUUGCUUUUUAGUGGCCAAAGGCUCAAAAAUCUCGAAGAGUCUAAAGUUGACUGGAUUCGUGUGAGUUGGAGCACUCGAUCAAUAUUCCAGAUUCGAUGACGCCCGACUAUCACACGACCAACUCCCGCCACGCGCCCAAUCAGCCCAACUUGCCGCAUCUGCACGAUCAAUUUCGUUCUGUUGCAAAAUGUGAGAGAGAGAGAACGGAAAAUGAACACUCGAUUCAAGAAUCGAAGCUUUUCGUGGUCGCGACUUGGUGUUAGAUCGUGGUUUUGUAGAAAUUCUAUGUUCUUGUGAAGGGUUUUUGUCCAGGAACCAGGAUCUUUUCAAAAAGUUCUCGAGUCGUUUUUGAAAUCUGAUGGAGCGAAAAAGUUUCGAAAAUUUUAAUAGAAACUACUUUACAUCACUUUUUUUCAGUUGGGAGAAUUAGUAAUAAAAUUAUUUUUUUAUCUAAUUUGUACCAUGAUCUUAGUAUGUCGGGAUAUUUCUAGUGACCACUUUAGUAGCUUCUGAGCUCUUAAGUUAUCCCUAGAAACGCUCAGAAACGUCCAGAGCGCGUUUCGCGACUAGUUCAUUUUUAAAUCAUCAGAAUAGUUUUUUUCACAUUAAAAGUAUCAAAAAACCUUCAUCGAUGUCACCUUUACAGUAAACGCUCCACUUAUCCCCUUCGGAAGUCCGAUUUCUCAGCCUCCACCUUACUAUGGCGGACCGGCCACCAGUGGAAAGUAUAGAGCCUACGUAGAUCCAACCGCUUAUGAAGAUCCCAAUCAGGUAGACUUCCCGGGGUCCCUUCUCACACCUGACACCUUAUUUUUCUAGGCUCUGAAUGAGUUCGCUUUCGACAUCGAUCCCAACGACAUCUUCAUCACUCAAGUGAUCGGAGGCGGCGAGUUUGGCGACGUCUGUCUCGGUGGCCUACAUCGGAGUGCGAUUCUCUCCAACAAGUACGGCACCACCGUAUCCCACGGAAGGUUCAACGACGGCGAGGUAGAAGUUUCGUAGUGUUACAGUAGGCAAUUUGAAGCUUUCAGCAGUACGAGACCGUCGCCAUCAAGACCCUGAAGUCGGGCAGCAGUGCCAAGGCGAAGUCGGAGUUUCUCAUCGAGGCCUCCAUCAUGGGACAGUUCACUCAUCCCAAUGUUAUUCGUCUGAUCGGCGUCGUCACGUCUUCUGAACCUAUCAUGAUUGGUUUGUUUCAUCUUAAAUUUUAUAACCAAUUUUGGAUUGUUCAGUAACGGAAUACAUGUCGCAUGGGUCGCUGGAUCAGUUCUUACGGAUCAAAGACUCGAGAGGCGAGAAGUUGCCUUGGGAAAAGAUUUGCGAAAUGCUCCACGGGAUCGCCUCGGGCAUGAAGUAUCUGACCGACAUGGGAUACGUUCACAGAGUGAGUUUCCAACAAAACUGAGCAUUUCGAACAAAAAAAUUUAACUCUUUUAUUUGCAGCAAAAUUGUAGAGAAAAAAAAUGGUAAUGCGGAGAUUUUCUAUAAUUUUUCAACCCAUGUUUAGGACCUCUAGAGUGGUCUCUAUAGGACAAUCUUAGGAGCCCUUGAAUGGUUCCCUCUAGGAACCACUUUAGCAAUCCCUAUAGUGUGUACUAAAGCUUUAGAGGCUAGGUGGUCAGGUCCUAAACCCCUAUUGGAUAACCUUAGUUUUACCCCUAGAGGGACCAUUUUUCGGCGCCUAUAGGUGUUGCUUUUAUAUAUCUGUGAUAUUCUUUGAUAAAUGUUUCUCAAUGGAAUUUCAAAUUGUAGGAUCUUGCCGCUCGAAACGUCCUGGUUGAUGAAGAGCUUCGUUGCAAAAUCGCCGAUUUUGGAUUGUCGAGGGGCGUCGAAGGUACCGUCGAACAGGAGUACACCACGAAUGGCGGAAAGGUGAGUUAUGAGUGAACAUUUGAAAAUUUAUGCUCUUCAUUACUCAGUUCUCGGUUUUGCUUUUCAACUUUAAUAUAUAAUAUUUCUGACAGCUUCAAGAAAAAGAAUCAACAUUUGCACUACCAAAUUCCUUUCCAGAUUCCUGUGAGAUGGACGUCGCCUGAAGCGAUAACCCACCGAAAAUUCACCGCCUCCUCAGACGUUUGGUCAUUCGGCGUCGUCGUCUGGGAAGUGUGCUCGUAUGGAGAACGCCCCUAUUGGGAUUGGACCAACCAGAAGGUUUCGAUUCAAUUGUAGAGACACUAAAUCGUCCUGACUGCUCCAGGUGAUCAGCGAAGUGAUGAUCGGCUACCGACUGCCGCCGCCGAUGGACUGUCCAAUGGGCUUGUAUCGACUGACGCAGUGGUGCUGGAAGAAGGAGCGACACGACCGGCCCAGCUUCGCCCAACUCGUCGCCAUGUUCCACAAGUUCAUGCUCCAGCCUCACAUCAUCCACAGCGACAUGGGGGAGCUGCCCAAGCGGUCCAUGAGUACGGCCAAGUACGUCAAGAUAAAAACUUGCGCGAGUAAAGAUCUCACUAGGCCAGGGAGUAGGCGUUGUCUUACAAGAAUUCCGGAAAAUCCAUUUCCAAACUCAGGGAGGUAGUAAUGAUUUUAGCUUUAAAAGACUUGAGGGGAGGUUCUGGCGGCCUGAAAAAAAGGUCGUAAAUGUAUGAAUAGGAGGAAAAUUAGUUAUGAGCAGAAAAUGAUGCUUAUUUCGCUUCAGAACUGCGUAUUUAUGCAUUCUUUUUAGUCUAACGAAUACCUACGGUAGCAUCACCGCUGUUCCUUCGCCGCCUUCUUCAGCGCCACCAAUCCCGAGUCUCGAUGAGUUCUUGAGGUGAGUCAAUAGAGCCCGAAAUGUUUUCUCUCUGAAUGAAAUGAACAAGUGUGAUUUCAGAUCCAUCGGCAUGCACCACUGCUACGGACAACUCGUCGCCCACAACGUCACGUCGCUGAGCGACUUGCGACGUACUUCCCACAACGAGCUGCUCUCCUGGGGCCUCAUCUCCCCGGAGUGCACGACCCUGUUCGACGCGUUGGAAGCCCGCAACUACGGCCACACCAACGGGGCCAUGCAGAUGCCGACGCCUCCCGGAACGGCGACGCUGCCGGCUGCUCUCAGGAAUUCGGCUCGCGGAUCGACGUCUCGCCGCGACGAAGGAUUCUUUGUCUAG